GUGAAGACGGCGCAGCUGCUUCCGGUGCUUGUAUUUGUUGUGGCUCGGCUCGGUUCGGUUUGGCCCAGAACAGCCCAACGGCAGCAGCUGUAGAGAGAGAGAACCAUGGCGGCGCCAGCGCUCUCCGGUCGGACCGGCUCGGCGGGCAGCCUCGGGAACAGCCCCACGUCCACGGCCGCGGGGAGGCCGCCCCAGGGCGGCUCCGGGCCCGAGCUGGACUUCAGGUCCGCGGCCCGCAUGGAGGACCUGAACCGGCUCAUCCAGGAGUUCAGCAAGCACGACCAGCGGGAGUACGACGACCAGCGGGCUCUGGAGAUCCACACGGCCAAGGACUUCAUCUUCUCCAUGCUGGGAAUGGUUCAGAAACUGGACCAGAAGCUCCCAGUGGCCAAUGAGUACCUACUCCUUUCUGGAGGUGUUCGGGAAGGUGUGGUGGACAUGGACCUGGAUGAGCUUAGCGUCUACGCCCGCGGCACAGACUACAACAUGGACUUCACUCUACUGGUCCCUGCACUUAAACUCCAUGACCGCAACCAGCCGGUGACCCUGGACAUGCGGCACUCGGCGCUGGGCCACUCCUGGCUCAGCCUGCGGCUCUUUGACGAAGGAACCAUCAACAAGUGGAAGGACUGCUGCACUAUCGUCGAUCACAUCAACGGGACCACCAACUACUUCUUCUCCCCUACACUGGUGGCCGACUGGUUCUACCAGUCCAUAUCUCUUGUGCUGCUGGAGGUGCAGAAGAAGCCACAGAGAGGGAUGCCGAGGGUGGAGAAGGUGGAUCGGAACGGGACCAUCAUCUCCGUCAUCCUGGGGGUCGGCAGCAGCCGGAUGCUCUACGACAUCGUCCCGGUGGUGUCGUUUAAAGGCUGGCCCGCGGUGGCCCAGAGUUGGCUGAUGGAGAACCACUUCUGGGACGGGAAGAUCACCGAGGAGGAGGUGAUCAGCGGCUUCUACCUCGUCCCCGCCUGCUCCUACAAAGGCCGCAAGGAGAACGAGUGGCGGCUGUCGUUCGCCCGCAGCGAGGUUCAGCUGAAGAAAUGCAUCUCGUCGAGCCUGAUGCAGGCGUACCAGGCCUGCAAGGCCAUCAUCAUCAAGCUGUUGUCCCGGCCCAAAGCCAUCAGUCCCUACCAUCUGCGAAGCAUCAUGCUGUGGGCCUGCGACCGUCUCCCAGCCAACUACCUGGCUCAGGACGACUUCUCCGCCCACUUCCUGCUGGGCCUGAUUGACGACUUGCAGCACUGUCUCGUCAACAAGAUGUGUCCCAACUACUUCAUCCCUCAGUGCAACAUGUUGGAGCACCUGUCCGACGAGACGGCCAUGCUACACGCCCGCAAACUGUCUUCGGUGCGCUCUGACCCGGCCGAGCACCUCCGCACCACCAUCGAGCACGCCAAGGCUGCCAACAGGUUGACGGUGGAAGUGCAGUGGCGAGGCAGCUCCACCAACCUGCCGUCGCCGCAGUCCGACGCCGGCGGUGAGAACCAGCCUGACGAUCGGCUCGCCAAGAAGCUUCAGCAGCUGGUGACGGAGAAUCCCGGGAAGUCCAUCUCGGUGUUCAUCAACCCGGACGACGUCACGCGGCCGCACUUCCGUAUCGACGACAAGUUCUUCUGAGACUGAGACGUUUCCCUCCCCUCUCCUUCACCUGGUGCCCCCUGCCUCUGAAACUUUCUUUUUGUACUUUUUUUAUGUUUCCUGCCACAAAGUGAAGUGAUUGUCUAGUAGUCUGCCACAGUUUCUUAUUUUUAGUUUUAUUUUUCUACUCCCUUCCCCUCUGCCCCGGUUUUUCACUGUGUGCCCUGUGUUUUUUACCUUCUCAAUGCCUUUUAAACUGACAGCUUGUUCUUAAAACUGAAGGAAGGGACUGAAAUCCACCUCAUGAUCUGAGUGCUGGUCCUGGAAAAAUGUUGAUACUUAUCAGGGAUCCUGGAAAAGAGACAAACACAUCAGUUUCCUGAAUAAAUCUGGUUUCUUUUGGGUUCUCUUGA